CGAGCCACGGUCCAUCCCGGCUCUUUAUUCCACGACAGAUUCACUUCAUCCCCGCAUCAUGCGCGACAGCCGACGAUAGAUUUAGACCCUCGUCACGACACUAACGGAGGGCAUGGUGAUUUGAACAAUCAUUGACCUUGCAUACAUACGAUUCUCUUUUCUUCGCCAUGCUCUUCCGACACAUCACUCACCUGCUCAGUCUCGCCUGCCUCCUAGUGGGAGUCACGACGGCAGGUCCAAUCAAAAAGAGAGACGCCGACUUUGAAAGUGUCCGGACCAAAUUGGACAAGGAUCACAGCGGAAAGGGCGGUGAUCCAAGAUCAAAGUAUUUUCAUGAGUCUAUCUUUCAUCCGCAUUAUGACGGCAGAUUUGCCGGAAGGGAAUUGACCUACGAUGAGAAAAGGGAAUCGCUACCUGACCUCGUCCGCACAUAUCUAGCGACCAUGGGCAAUAUCGGAGCAGAAACAUGGCUAAUGCAUGGCUCGCUCCUGGGUUGGUGGUGGAAUCGAAAGAUCAUGCCGUGGGAUUCGGACAUUGACGUACAAGUUUCGGAAUCGACGAUCCAUUUCCUUGCGGAGUACUACAAUAUGACUGUCUUUCGAUACAAAACCCCGAGCGUGCCGACCGGGAAAGAAUAUAUGCUGGAAGUAAAUCCUCGCUAUACUAUCGUUGAUAUCAGGGAUAAGUUGAAUGUUAUUGAUGCACGAUGGACGGACAUGGAUAAUGGGCUCUUUAUCGAUAUCACUGCUGUUCGACCGAAUGAAACUGCGCGUGCAGAAGGAAACGCAGGGGCUCUGAUGUGCAAGGACAGGCAUCAUUAUCAGGAGGAGGAUAUUUUCCCGCUAAGAGAUAGCUACUUUGAGGGCAUGCCCGUGAAGAUCCCAUAUUCUUACGCCGCGAUACUUGAAGAGGAAUACGGGAAAAAGUCUUUGAUAAAGACGGUGUUUCAAGGGCAUAGGUUUAAUCAAGAGAAGAAAGAAUGGGAGCCCGUAAGGCAAGGAUUCCGACAGCAUGCCUAAUCCACUUUACGCCUCACGCUUUCCUUAUGACAUCCCACGAUGAACAAAAACAUUGCAGCAUUCACGAGCAUUCUAACUAAUCGUAAAUUAGUUUACCAAGACCUCCGGGUCGG